AGCAUGGGCCCUUCGUCGGCUCUGCUGAGAGACCAGCUCCAUUGUGCUCUCAUAUUCUGCUUGUUGGCUUCCCAUUGGGGCUACUGGCUGGCCAGUGUGCGAACAGAAUACUGAAUUAGAUGGGCCUUUGGUCUAAUCCAGCCGGAUGGUUCUUAUAUUGCCUUUCCUUUGUAGCAGCUUCCCUAGGGGUCCCUGUUUCUCCACAUAUAUUGGUCACGCAUCGUCGGUGACUUAGACUGAGAAGUCAUUCCCAGCGCACCUGGAAAGAAAAGUCUUGCCGUUUGGGAGUCGCAGGCCUGGAGCCGAGGCCAAGAUGUCAGAGGGGCGUUCCAGGAUCACAGGCCCCAUCCCCCCAGACCCUACCCUUUGCCCGGAUUACUACAGGCGCCCUCUGUCUGCACGAGGGAGGUUGGAAGGGAACGCUUUGAAGCUGGAUUUGCUCCCUGGCCCCAUCCCUCCGGAGUCCAGCCUCUACCCCACAUGCUACAGCGCUCGCCUCGCUCGCCCCCCUCCGCGGAUCAAGCCCAACGCCAAGGACAUUCUGGAGAAGGGACAGAAAGGCACGGUGGGAGUCCUGUUGCAGCUAGAUGGCCUCUCCUUCUGCCAGGAGCCGACGGCGAAGCGCCGGGAUCACAAGGACCACGAGAAGGAGAACUUGCGGCGCAUGAGGGAGAUCCAGAGGAAGUGCCGAGAGAAGGAGCAGGCCCGGGAGCUCAGCCAGCCGAAGCCCGUGAAGGCCCUGUGGAAAUCCCAGAAGUACGAGAACGUGGAGUCCAAAGUGAAGGCCAAGCUGCAGGAGGACCCCAUUCCUCCAAAUCCAGAGGCCCAGAGGUACCUGCGCGCCUAUUCUCGCUGUGGCACAGGAAUUCACCCCCGCAGGUCAACGUCUCCGAACUGCGCCCGGUUAAGUGCAACGGCAGACGCAGCAGCCACACAGGCGCAGAACGGGAAUGUCGAGAUCCGGGAGGUGGAUUUUGUCAGCCACAAUGCCCAGAACGCCAAGCGAGCCCAGCUGCAACGCUCGCGCUCCCUGCAAUCGCUCUCCGAAGUGCUGGAGCAGAAGCGCAAGGAGCAGGAAGAGUACAACGUCAAGCAGAAAGGCCACGUCCCCCGCUACCUGCUUGAGAGGAAGGACCACUGGCGCAAAGAGGCAGAAGAGCGCCGGCAGAACAUGCCUGACCCCGACAUGCCGCCCGGCCAUGCCCGGAUGCCCGAGAGCCAGCGGCUGGAAACGCUAAGCAACCUCCAAAAAAGUCAGCAGCAGCUCCUGAAAGACCUUUUGCUGCUUCCGGUGCGAAUUGACAGCCUGAGUGUCCAGAACCGACGGGUAACUCUGGAGAAGAAGCUGUCACAGAUUGAGGAGGCCCUCAAGAUCUUCUCCCGGCCCAAAGUCUUUAUCAAGAUGGACUCCUAGACAGGGACGCAGGCCCUCCCUUUCCCAGCCUCCCCCUCUGGACUAUGACAGAAAGGAAGGGUCUAGUUUUUGCUCCUCGCUCUUGCACUCACCCCAAUCGCCUCCUCGGCCACGGUCUGCCCCAGUGGAACAAGCUUCCUCUGACCCACUUUGGUGGCUGACCUCGCUCCCUGGUGCUUUGCUCUUAGCCCGAGGUAGGAAGCAAAAGAUGCCCACCUAUUUCAAGGGUGGGGAGCUUGUGGCUCUCUUGAUGUUGUUGGGCCACAACCAGCAUCCCCAAUGGUCGGAGUUGAUGGGAGUUCAGCAACAUCUGUAGGGCCACAGUUUCCCCUCCCCUCCCCCAUAUAUUUCUGCUUGUCUUGCUUUACAAGCAAACGGGAUAGAUUGCCAAAAAAUGGGUGGGGAGGAAGGUGGUGGUGGUGGUAGGUACCCAGGAGCCUGACUAAUGCGAGAACUGUAAAAGCCCUAGUAGCUGCAUUUUGGAUUUGCAGGGUUUUCCCCGCAUGGGACAGGCGCAUGGGAGACUCGUGGAGUGGCACAGGAGAGGAGCACGAGCAAUUUGGCAGGGACUUGCAUGUCCGCGGCUCUUGGCCUUCCCACGACGCAGCACAGAAACACGUGCGGGGCCACACCGUGGCUUAACAAACACUGUGCAAUUGUAAUUUAAAAGCUCGGCAGUUCUAAAUCAAUAAAGCAAAACUUUUGUACA